CCGCCCCAUCUCAGCGCUGCCCUCGUCGACGGCGACACCACCACGCACACCCCGCCCGCCACACUCCACCGCUGCUGCUCUCUUCUCCCCCGUUCCGCAGCUCCCGUCCUCAGAGGCUGCUCCUCGACUCGCCGCUCAGAUCACCAACGAAAUUUCCCACCAUUCCAGCCUGCCUCCAGAUGAUAUAAACCGCCUCGCAACACGAACGCCACUUGUUGACCACACGAAGAACGCAGAGAGUGACCCAGCCGGCCGUCAAUGGACUCUUCUUCGGCUUCGUCGCCCUUCUCCACCAGGUCGACGUUAGAAUCCAGCCCGGAAGCCCAGGGUGCCAACGGGGGCCACGGGGGAAAGGCCUCAGGGAACGGGCUGGUGAGCAUGAUCAUGGGAGGCAUCAAUGGCUCAUUCCCUCAGCAUGCCCAGCAGCAGCAAUCUCCAUACAAUUACCAGCAAGAUAUCAAACCCUUUCAACAGCAAUACCAGAAUCACCAACAACACCAGUCUUUUCCAGUCCAACAAGACGUGAAACCUUUUGCUCAGAACCCACCCAUCCAUGGGCAGGGGCAGAUCCCAGCUCCCAUCAUGUCCUCUUCCCGCCUCUCAGAGCGUAUCAACGCGAUCAAGUCGCCCGCAGAGAGCACUAGUGGCAUGUCACAGAAUGCACCCACCCCCGCUGGGUCGUCGAAUCACGGUGGCUCACGCGCAGAGGCACCAAAGAGAAAGCACGAGCUGGAGGGGACGAAGGUGGUGGCGCCUUCGCUAGAUGAAGUCUCUCAGGGAAGCAAUGGACUUAAUCAAAUACUUCUCCAAGGCGACCCACAAACCGCAGACAAGUCUCGAGUGGAGACUGCUAUCCGAAUCAUCAUCGAUCUCCUCCGUUUCGCCCCUCUCCACACUUCGCCCUCUCCGCCCAUCUCCCUCCAUCCAGUGCUACCCCUGGGACCCAAUGGCGAGCCGCUGUACACCUUUGAGCGGAUCGCAACGUUCCAUGGCCUGAGGCUGCAAGCGGGCACCACCACCAAAACCUCGUCUAAAAAGCAGCUCCAAGCGAUCGGGCACAUUCCGAAAGAAAAGCUCGCCUAUCUCGAGACGGCCGUCUACAUGAGUGGAGAAGGGGACGGGCAUGGAAAGCGGAUCUACGUCUGCAAGAGAUGUCGGAAUCGUGAAGCUAGACGGCGCGAGGCAAAAGAUCGAAAUCGCAAACGCGCCCAACCAGCUACCUCCGACUCGGACUCUUCCCCUCAUCCUCGGCUCCCUCGUCAAUCACUCGUUCCACCUUCGAUCGACUUUGUGACGUCGGAAAACCCCGAUGAUUACGAUCCGAAACGUGCAGGUCAGGUUGUGGAAGAACCCUCAUGGGAUCCCGAUGUUCCUGAUUGGAGACAUGAGAUCGUCCUGUUCAACACACCGUCGGAGGUCAAGAUGGAGGAUGGGAGCUGCAAUUGGCUGCCGUUCAGGGUCGUCUGCUAUGGAAAGUGCCACGGGGAAAAAGUUGGGUUCAAGAUCAAAUUCACGAUGCGAACGCAUGAUGGGAGGAUUAUCGCGAGCGCGUUUACGAAACCCAUCCGCAUCACAGACGAUCACAAAACCGAUACCAGCAAACCGAAAGCGACCAAGCCACUGACGAACGCUGUCGAUGGGCCUGCCCAGGCGCCUGUCCCGCGGCGAAAGGCCCGACCCAGUGUUGCUGGCAGUACAGCCAGCGUGCCGGCGUCUGUCUCUAGGCAGCAGAGCCCCACGCCGAGUGAGAGCGAGAGCGUGCAGAGUUUCCAGAGUUUGAGCGAGGCGGGCGCAGUGAUGCAGAAACAGACGCCCAGCGCGAGGACGAAACCCUACGAGAGACCGCAGCCCCAAGGCCAGGCCCAGGCCCCGCAACAAGCACCCUCGCCAGUGAGCUACAUCACCAACCAGAUGGCGGGGCUGCCCUCUGCCAACUUUCACACGACCCUGGGGCAGCUGACGCCAGGCAACCCUGAGGGUAUCCAGCACACCCAUCAGAUGCGUUCGUCGACCUCGCCUCAGCGGGCGUUGCCUACCGAUCUGGACAUGUCGCAGUUCAUCAAUACUGUGUCGCCGCAUCAGCUCCGAGGGCCUCAAUUCACUCAGCAGAUGCCAGGGAACAACUUUAAUGUCCAUCGGUCGAGUGCGUCAAGUGUGGCGAGCUCGACUGGGGCAAGUCCACGGACCAACUUCCAGGGCUUGGGCGAAGACAUGUUGAGCAACAACAACAUGUUCAACCACAAUCUCUUUGACUCUAUGCGAAUGGGAGGCAACCAACAGCCAAACGGUGUGCCGGGGCAAGACGUAAACGGCCCCAUGCUCUACCCUGGUCACGAAACAGACCUCGCCAACCUCAUGUCUUCCAACUUUUCCCAUCUCCUCUCCAGCACUGCCGUCGACUCCUCUCGCAAUUCUUCGAUAGCGGGCAGUAUCGACAAUGAUGGCGCGUCGUCUUCGGCGGCGUCUGCUUGGUCGGGCUGGGACGAUCGGUCGUCGGUGUUUAGUAAUUCUGGGCUGCCGCCUGGGUCGACGGUGGUAGAUGACUUUGAAGGGCUGGGCGUUGGCAUGAGCGCGGGUAGUAUGGGAGCUAUGGGUAAUGGGGGUGCUGCGGAAGGGGAGGAUAUGGAAAAGUAUCUCGAUUACCCGACGGAACAGCAAGGGAUGGGACAGAGUGGUGGGCUCGGAAGCCCGGCGCGAGGUGUCAACUUCCCUGGCUUGCCGUUCGACAACCUCCAAAGCCAAUAUCAGCACCAGCCCAGCCUCUUCCCGUCUCCUGCCGCUCAACCUCAGGCGCCGACACCCCCACAGCCCACCAUCACCGACGUCAUUCCCGAGCAGGGUCCCAUGGCGGGCGGUCCGAUGAUUGCUGUCGGAGGCACAGAUUUCCAGCCGGGGAUGGUUGUCCUCUUUGGUCAGCGAGCUGCUGUGACAGUGUUCCAGAGCUCGGGGUUCAUGAAGUGCAAGCUUCCGCCAAGUCCGUAUGCCGAAGUUGUGGAUGUGACGAUACAGGGUGUUGGAUCGGGAACGGGAGCUCAGGAUCGAAAGACAAAGUUUGCCUACCAAGACAUGGAGAAGGACGCGAUGAAGCUUGUCCUUGCUAUUCAGAGCCAGUAUCAGGGUUCUUCUGCCAACACUACCCAACGUCUUCAUCAACUUCCAGGUCAGAACAAUGGCCAUUGGUCCUCCAACGGUGGUCCCUCCUCCUCGGGUUCGCCCCAGGGCCCGUCGCCCGGUGGCAACACCAUGAACGAGGCUACCAAUGUCACCGCCGCCUUCUUCCCAGAUGUUGAAGAAGAAGACGAAGACACAGACUCGCAGACUUCUUCAGUGGACUCCAAGUCUACUGAUAGCAUGUCUUCGGAUCUGCAGUCGACACUCAUCACCUUCCUUGCGUCCAUCGACUCUCAUGCGCCUGGAUCUCUGCGAGCAAGCGGAGCUAUCAACUGCAGAAACGAAUACGAUCAGACCCUGCUCCACAUCGCUGUCGUUCUCGGAUUCUCCCGUCUCGUUCGACGCCUCAUCCUUGGCGGUGCCGAGAUCGACUCGCAGGAUGAUAACGGAUAUACGCCUCUGGCGUUUGCUGCUCUGUGUGGCAAGUGUACGUGUGCGAGGGUACUGAUUGAGGCCGGUGCUUGUUACGAUCGAGCGACAAACUAUGGAGAGAUGCCGCUUGACUUGGCCAAGGUGGGAGAGCAUGGAAAGGUGGAGAGGCUUUUGCUUUCGGCUGUCUGGUCGACGGUGACAGACCCUGCCGUCCCUACUCCAGCUGCUGCUGCCCCGGUGAUGACGGGCAAGAAGCAGGCAAAGCAAGGAGAGUCACCAAUAUCUGUGGCCAUCAGCUUGGCAAGCUCUAUCGACGACGACAACCCUUCUUCAGGCUCAGAAGCAGAGGUUGAUCUCGCCGAGAUCACGCUUUCUGUGCCCAGCACUCGUCGAAAGUCCAAGUCUCGCAAGUCUACAUCCGACGGCAAGGGUAUGAAGAGUACCAAGAAGACGACAGCUGCCAAGCGCGGAGAUUCCAUGUCUGCGAUUGGUGCUGACGGUGUGGAGGCAGAUCAACCUCCUCCUUACGCGCCUCCCACCGACCAUUCCCGUGUCCAGCCUCCUGCUGAUGAUGAUCACGCAAGCGGAUGGAUCAAGACCCUCUCCAACCUCCCUCAUCUCCCUCAUCUUCCUCAUAUCAACCAGAUUCCCAACGGUGUAUGGGAACACUUCCCUUCGCGUCCUUCAUUCUUGGGCUUUGACAAGACGCCUGCCGAGUCUUCUGAGGGCCAGCACGGAGGCUGGAUUGCUUUCCCUGCUCCUUCUUGGGACACCAUUCAGCGCAUGGCCAGUCCUGAUGAGGUCAAGCUCUUUACCCAAGCCAUGGCUGCCGCCGCUCUCAAUGCUGUGGUGCAGACGGGCGUUGCUACCCCGCCUUCAAAGAGCUCUCGCCGACGUGACGUGCGAAAGACUUUGUCUCCCCUUGGGCUGGACAGUGAUGGUGUGGAUGGCCAGGUGAAACGUGGAAGUGGAAACGAAGACGGGGAGCCGUUGAAGAGCAGUAGUAGGGGCAGGAGAAGAAGGUAUUCGAAUGGAGCCUCGGGGAGUGGGACAGGCAGUGGUGGAACCAAGAUCGCAACAAGGAAGUCUGAGAAAAAGGAGAACGUGGUUAGCCAAGUCAAGAGCGAUCGAAUGCUCUACUUGUUCUGGCUUCCUAUCCUUUUGUUUGUCGGCUUCUGGCUCCUCGUCUCCGCCUUGCCUAUCGCCACCGGGUUCGGGCUUAUUUACGCUAGGAAGAUUACUCGGGCGAUCAAGCAGAGGAUGUGAUCACUUUUUGUUUCUGUUUCUUUGAGUAUUCUUAGCAUUUUUAUUGUACCAGAGGUUCAAACUAUAUUAUAGAGAGAAAAGAGAGUCUUUGAUCUUGUUCGUUCUCGUUAUUUUUUUUAUGUUAAUAGCUGGCUGGGGGGCGUGUACGGUAGUAGAGAUAUGCGGAUAUAUAUCCAUGCACGAGUGAUAUACAUCACGUAUUCCAUGA